AUGCCAAAGACGUCAGAUAUAUGGAAAUUUUUUGAAAAAAGCACUUCAGAAAAUUCUGCAAAAUGUUUAAUAUGCGAUAAAACCUUGGCUUGCAAUAAGGGGUCAACAAAGGGUUUAUGGGACCAUUUCAAGUCUAUGCAUGAAAAGGAAUAUUGUCAAUUUAUGAAUCAGGAAGAUGUUGCUUUGAAGAACCAGUCAUCAAUCUGUAAAUUUAUUGAAUCCGAUUCACAGGAUGAUGCUGAUAUACAAAUAGCAAAUUUAAUGAUUAGGCAGAAUUGCUCUUUCCUUUUUAUUGAAAGCCCUGAAUUGAAGAAGCUCUUUAAAUUAGCUUAUCCAAGACUUGAGCUUCGUGGUCGUCAACAUUUCCGUAAAAAUGUUAUACCAAAAAUGGCAUUAAAUAUAAGAAAGAAAAUUACCCAACAUGUAGGUGAUGAUUAUUAUGCUAUCACUUCAGAUGGAUGGAGUCAGAUUACUAAGUCCCCUGCGCUUUUGAGGUUUUCUUAUGAUUAA